UUGGGUCGAUAAUGACAUGAGUCUUUUCAGUGCGCAGGGUAUUACGUCAGUUUAGUUUUUGAUACUAAUCUAACUGGUUUCUUUUCAGUUUGGUAUGUAGUUCAGCAAGUUGUAUAUUAUUUUUUAUAACCACCAAUAACAGCCUCUAUCGAGGCGACUAGGGUUUCGUCCGUCGCGCUGGGACAUCGCAGUGGAUUAGAUCAAGUUAGGGGUGUUGUUGGCGGUCAACGGUAUAGUUUUAUUCCUCUGGGACAGUGUAUGGCUCUAAUAGAAGUCAGCCUGUAACUUUAUAUUUUUCAAUGUAUUGUACUUCGACUUCCACUAUCUUCGUAAUCAGUAAGUCAAGUAAUCUGUCUUAGUUGCUAAUAAAGUAUUUACAAUCUGUGUACACUGAUCUGUGUUUGCGAUAUAAUAUGCUUCAUAGUGCCCGCAUUGAACAUUGAACCACAGGGGCAGCGCUAUAUAUACAGGGGGCAGCUGUAUGUCAGACCAGCGUUCCAUUCACUGAACCAUCGCGAUUCUUGCAACUGCUUCCUUAGCAACAACGCAUGCGCAGUAUCAUUGAAUGCCGGUUUUGUUGUUCUAUUUUAAGCUUGACUGUGCAAACGGAAACACUUCCCAAAAACGAGAACGUAUACAUUUUUCUAAAAGUUAAUGAUUAUUCUUAACUUACUUCAAUAAGCUUUUCAAUAAGCCGUAAUGAUGAAAAACAAUGAGUCGUAUAUAAGAAGAACUGCAGUACCUGACGUAACUUUAAAGUAUGACGAACCUCAUUUUACCGAGCUUAAUAAAGUGCUUGAAGAUAGAGUGAAUAAUUUGAUGGCCGACGUUGAUGCGAUUCUUCAUAAGCAGAUAAACAUAAUUCGCUUUCCAAAGCAACAUCAUAAUCAAAAACAAUACGUUGUUGCCUCUCAUGUAAAAACAGAUUCAGCAGAAAAAUUAAGACAAAACAACUCUGUCAAUGAAGUGACUAGUUUCAAUUUCGCUGCAAAAGAAGUGAAUGACGAUUGUCAAAAUGACCAAAUAGCAUGGAUUGGUGGCAAUGGAAAUAACAUUCAAACACUACAAUGUCAGACAACAACCACGAAAACUACGUCUGCAUCUAUUAUCCGAUUUUUGAGAGGUCAAAUAACGAAACUCCAAACUGAUUUACAAGCUAUACAGUAUGAAAAGAAAAAGAUGGAAGGUCAAUGUAAAUAUUUGGAGGCGCAAAUUCGAAAGAAAGAGGAAAAUGACGAAAAAAUACGACAUCAACUAAAUUGUUAUAAAGACAGUAUUUUGAAAAUCGAAUCCGCAAAUUCAGAUCUGUGCAUAAAAAUGCAAGCUCAGACUAUACAAAUCAUUUCUUCAGAAAAAGAAAUUGAGAAUCUGAAGACCAAACUCAUAUCACUCAGUCAAACCUCAACCAAUAUCGGGUUGAAAUUGAAUCGAACCUUAGAGGAAAACGAUAAAUUACGUUCUUCUUUAAAGAUUAGUCAAAAUGAAGAAAAGGAAGCAAGAGAAUAUAUUCGCAAAAUCCAAGAAGAUAAACGCUUAGCAUUAAAAGCUUCGGAAAAACAGCGAACUGAACUUUUCCAAGCAUUUAAAAAGCAGAUGCAACUUAUCAGUAAUUUAAAAAAACAAAAGUUAUACAUGGAAACCAACAAACAAAUACAAUUACUAGAAAAAGAAUUUGAAAAGAUACUUGAAUGUAAAGUCAUUUGAGUUAAGAUACAUCUUUUAUUUCUAUGUUAUCAAGAAUUAUAUCAAUCCUGUAAAAGUUUAAAUUUUCACAACAGAAAUAUAAAAUAAGUAUAUCAUGUAUAGUUAGUUUGUAAAGUAAC